AUGACGAACCGACAAUCGCUUAAAAUAAUAAUGGACAAAGAAAAUAGCAACAAAAUAAUUUUUGACAUAUCAAAACAUAUAAAAUUCUUCUAUGAAACUCCUGUUAUUUUAUUUACAAAGGAGGAUUUUGCUGACAAUGUAUUUAAUGCAAUGUGUUCUAUGCGAACUGCUCUGCAAGGAGAGUCCAAAACUGAAAUAAUGGACAUACUAGUGGAUUUUCAUUUGCAAUGGUUACAUGCUGUUAAAAAUGUUGAUCAGUUCUACAAGCGACUAUAUGACUUACAUAGAGAAGAAGUUUAUCAAGCUGUUAGCUCCACAAUUGAUGCUCUGUCAAAUCGUCUAAAAUAUUAUCAAAGGUAUAUUACUAAGCAUAGGACAGAACUUUCAAACGAAGACCAAGCUAAUCUUUUAGCCGAUAAUGAAAUUAUAGAGGAAAUGCACAAGGAAGCAAUACAAAUACUUUUAGAAAAACUGAAAUGUUUCCGUUCCUUCGAUGGAGACGAUGUAUUCAGAAUCAAAGUAAGAGAUGCAGUCGAUGAACUGCUUAAUUGGAUUGAUAAAAUAAGUGACGGCUUUUCCUUACAAGUCGCUAAAUACAUUAACGUAAAUGUACCCCACCUCAGCGGUGAUUUAACUAAGACUUUACAACAAAUUGUAGAUGAAUUUCAAAGUUCUAUGUCUCCAGCUGCAAAAGAAUUGUUAGAGGAUUUAAAAAAUAAAGGAAAGCAGUUGAGUUCAAUGAUUCGCUGCACAGCUGUUCACAAUUUAGAAAUCAGUACCGUGGUGGAGAAAAUUAGUAUACUAGAAGACCGUAUUUCAAGAAUGGAGAAUGAACCUACUUCAGCAGCGUUAAUGGCUCUCCAACAUAAGAAAGAGUAUUUAGAAAGCCAUCUGGCAACGCUCGAAAGUUUAAAAACAACACUGACAAAGUUGCAAGAAAAUACCAAUGUCACUUUUGAUCUGGAUGAAGGAUCUUUAUGCUCCUGUGAGGACUUCUUUCAAUUAAGAAUAUUUAAUCACUCCCUGCCUCCUGAGGAACGAGAGCGUUUGGUAACAGAACUUUGCUAUCUAUGGGACAUAGCAGUCUUCGGUGAACAAAGUCAUAAAUCAAUAAUAUCCAUAUUAAGUGCAGCGGAUAUGAAAGAAGAAUUUACUGAUGAACUCGGUACAUUUUACAUUGAUGAACAUAGCCGAAAAAUUUACAAACUACCAGAUGAUAAUAAUAGAUAUCAGCAAAAUGAACAUUGUAAACUAGUGCCUUUAACUGACGAUGCAGAACACGUAUAUUUUUAUGACGAAUGUGGACGAUAUUUUGUCGAUCCCAAAAGUCGACAAAGAGUAUAUAAGGCUCACGCAACAGCGAGUGAAUAUAUGAUGGACAGCUCAGGAAUAUUACUAAAGCAUAAGGAAGAAAGAGAUGGGGUGACAUACCAUUACGAUAAUUACGGGCGAUAUUAUGUAGAUAGUGAUGGAAAACAUAUUUAUCGCGAAGCAGACGCAGUAAGUGAAUAUGAGAAUGAUGGUCUUGGAAAUUUAGUUCGUAUUCGAAGUCAUUUAGAUAUAUUUGAACCAUGUCCAGACGAUGUUCAUGUUACAGAGGACUAUAAAUAUCUUAAAUUAACAGUAGGAAAGGCUCUGCGGGAAUGUAUCGCUGACGUUGUUGUGCAUCAACCAGCAGAUCCGAUAAAAUAUUUAUCCGAUCGCCUUAUUAAAUAUAGAGAGAACAUGGAGAUGAGAGAGAGACUUGCCCGUGAAAAGGAAGACCUCGAUGCAGAAAGAGAAAUACGAAUAGCUGAGGAACGAGAAGCUGCAGAGCGUGCAGCUAAAGAAGCUGCUCUGUUAGCCCAAGGUGGGAGUGAAGCGAGUUAUGAUUCAAAUUUAUACAAAUAUGCGUCAAUGCAUCCCGACGAUGAUGAUGUUUUAUCCGGACCUGGAAGUCCGAGUGUUCAAUAG